GUUCCCUACAGGCGGAGGGAAGAGCAGCUGGAGAGAGCAGGGUUGUGGGUUUGAGGGAAUCCUGACAUCCUUCUGGCCCGAGGGAGCAUAGACAUCAGGAAGGACACCAGACACACACCAGAGUUUAGCACAGAUCAGAGUUUCCACACUGAGGAUAUGUGCUUCAUCAUGCUGCUGUACCUAGCCAUGGUACUGAGCAUGCUCCGCUCAGCUGCUCCAGCAGAGUGGCCCCGCCCAGUGAUCAAGCAGAACUCGGUGGUCCUGGGCUCCCAACUGGUGAUCACACCUGGUACUCCGCUGGUUCUGAGAUGCGUCGGAAAUGGGCCGGUCACCUGGGUGACCCGGCUGCCCAAACACCGUCGCAACGUCAAGGGCAAUGGGACCUUGCAGACCUUGAGAGUGGACAGGCCCAUGGCGGAUCACACCGGAACGUAUAAGUGUAUGUACACUAGUGGAACGCCGAAGAGCCGCCAGCUGUUCUCUGCAGUUCACAUCUAUGUGAAAGACCCAUCCUCCCUGUUCACCCGACCCAACCAUCGCGUGGUGAGGAAGGAGGGGGAGGAUUACCUGGUGACGUGCCUGGUGACUAACCCCGAGGCCACGGACCUGACUCUACGUAUGGGCAACGGCACGGCGCUCCCCCCCGGGAUGAACGUCAGCGCGGACCCUCGCAGAGGCAUCUUCAUCCACAACCUCCAUCCCAGCUACAACGCAGACUACGUCUGUGUAGCCAAGGUCGACGGUCAGGAGAAGACAUCGUGGCCCGUCUCCAUCAACGUCAUCCAGAAGCUUCGCUUCCCCCCUUAUGUGUUCCUGGAGAAAGAUGAGUAUAUACGCAUAGUCGGGGAGACUCUAAAGAUCCGCUGCAAAACUCACAACCCCAAUUUCAACUUCAACGUCACCUGGAAUCUUUCCAACAAAAAGACAUGCAUUACAGAGGAGAAUGUCCACUCUAAUUACAACCGUCUGGACAUAGAAAGCAUCCUGACCAUCCCAGCUGUGGAGUUAUCAGACACAGGCAACAUCACCUGCACCGGCACCAACGAAGCAGGGGCCAACAGCUCAACCACAUACCUGCUGGUCAUAGACGACCCCUUCCUCCGUCUGACCCCCCAGCUGUCCCCUAAGCUGACGCACCACGGUCUGUCCAUCGAGGUGAACGAGGGGGAUGACGUGGUGUUGGGUGUGCUCGUGGAGGCCUACCCCCAGAUCCACACGCACGGCUGGAAGACCCCCAACCCCUCCCAAACGUCCUCUCAGGAAAGCAAGCUGAUCAGAAAUAACAACAGGUACUACGCCUCCUUGCAGCUGCGGCGUGUGAACUCCCAGGAGCAGGGUGCGUACACCUUCUACACCAUGAGCUCCAAGGCAAACGCCUCCAUCACCUUUCAUCUUCAGAUGUACCAGCGACCCGUUGCCGUGGUGAGAUGGGAGAACGUAACAACCCUCACAUGCACGUCGUUCGGCUACCCCGCCCCCAGGAUCCUCUGGUACCAGUGUUUCGGAAUCAGAUCCACGUGCAAUGAGAACGCCACCGGGAGCCAGAUGCCUGCCCCUCUCCUGGCUCCCACCAUCAAGGUCCAGAGGGAGGAGAGAGGGGCGGUCGAGGUUGAGAGCGUUCUGACCGUGGGGCCGUCCAACCGUAGGAUGACCGUGGAAUGUGUGGCUUUCAACCUGGUCGGAGUCGGCAGUGACACUUUCGCCAUGGAGGUUUCUGACAAGCUGUUCACCUCUACCCUGAUUGGUGCAGCCGGCGUGCUGACUGUCCUCCUCAUGUUGCUUGUCAUCCUGCUCUACAAGUACAAACAGAAACCAAGGUAUGAGAUUCGGUGGAAGAUCAUCGAGGCCACUGAUGGCAACAACUAUACUUUUAUUGACCCUACCCAGCUUCCGUACAAUGAGAAAUGGGAGUUUCCUAGAGACAAACUCAAACUUGGGAAGGUCCUGGGAGCGGGAGCCUUUGGGAAGGUGGUGGAGGCCACAGCGUACGGCAUGAGCCAGGAGGACAUUGUGAUGCGUGUAGCUGUCAAGAUGCUGAAAGGCAGUGCCCACUCUGAUGAGAGGGAGGCUCUGAUGUCAGAGCUGAAGAUCCUGAGUCAUCUUGGACAACACAAGAACAUUGUGAACCUGCUGGGGGCCUGCACCCUAGGAGGCCCUGUGUUGGUGAUAACGGAAUACUGUAGCCACGGCGACCUACUGAACUUCCUGCGGCAAAAGGCAGAGACCUUCCUCUCCAUCGUGAUGAACGUUCCAGGCAUUACCGAGGAGACCAUUGACUACAAGAACCUGUCUGUCCAAAGACAGUUCAUCAGGAGUGACAGUGGGAUCUCCAGUGUGUCAUCAGACAGUUACCAAGAGAUGAGGCCUGCUCUUCAGCCUGUCAUGUCCUCUCUGGAGUCUGUGUGUGAGGAGGGCAUGGCGGAGUGGCCUCUGGACAUGGACGACCUCCUGAGGUUCUCCCAACAGGUGGCCCAGGGCCUCGACUUCCUGGCCGCCAAGAACUGUAUCCAUAGAGACGUGGCGGCCAGGAAUGUCCUCCUGACGGAUCGACGUGUGGCCAAGAUCUGUGACUUCGGCCUGGCACGUGACAUCAUGAACGACUCCAACUACGUCGUCAAGGGGAACGCCCGUCUGCCAGUGAAGUGGAUGGCCCCUGAGAGCAUCUUCCACUGUGUAUACACAGUCCAGAGUGACGUCUGGUCCUACGGCAUCAUGCUCUGGGAGAUCUUCUCUCUUGGUAAGAGUCCAUACCCCAGCAUGUUGGUGGAUAACAGAUUCUACAAGAUGAUUAAGUGUGGCCACCAGAUGUCCCGGCCGGACUACGCCCCUCCAGAGAUGUAUGACAUCAUGAAGAUGUGCUGGAACCUGGAGCCCACUGAGAGGCCCACCUUCAGCAAGGUCGGCCAUAUGAUUGCAAGGCUGCUGGGGGACCAGGCAGAGCAGCAGACGUAUCAAAACCUCCAACAGCAGGAAGAGGAGGAGGAGGAGCGCGACCCAGCCUGCGACCAGGAGGAAGAGGAGGAAGCGGAGCAGCCGCUGAUGAAGAUCAACAACUACCAGAUCUGUUGAAAAGUCCAGUCUUUCACCUUCAGAAGCAUUUCUAGAAGCCUUAAAUUCUGGAAGCGAAAGGAUUCAAAGCUAUUUUUACCAGUGGUUAUGCUUCGCCUGGUCAGCAGGCAGACAGGCAGGAGUCAGAAGGAAGCAGAAGACCAGACAGUUUAAAUAACUUAGAGAUAAACAUCACGUUUCAUGAUUUACCCAAUAAUAUACAGUAGUUCCAUACACACUCUCCCUUUUCCUUGUAUGUUCCAUGCAAAGAUAAUUUUUAAAUGACCUAUUCAUUCUACUGUCCGUGUUCCCUUUUUACAUAACUUUGAAUUAUAGUGAUUUUUUCCGUUGAGGAUGCUUACAUGGGGUUUUCUUCACACUUGUCAGCAAGUUCACUUCCAAUUUCUUUUUUGUUGUUUUGAAUUUUGCGGUUUUUCAGAGGAACCAAACAGUACACAAACAGCAGCACUCAGAUUCGAACACCCUGUCCUAGCUCAUGGUCAUACCCUUCCUAGUUCCCUUGGCUUGAACCACACCACAACACAAACCAUGAAACCUGUAUUAUCCAUGCUUCUCAAGUCAGAUAUAACGUGCAUAUUGUUUGUCAACUUCACACAACAAUCAUAGUAGUUAUCAGAAGGCAGCAUGUGAGUGUGUUGUUGGGCCUGCUAGGUGUGAGCACCAGGUCAUGACGUCAGCUGAGGCGCAGCAGAACAGGGCUGUCUCAGGAUCAGACAAGCAGCAGGUGGAGCACCCUCCACCCUCCACCUCCACCCUCCACCUCCACCCUCCACCCUCCACCUCCACCCUCCACCUCCACCCUCCACCUCCACCCUCCACCCUCCACCUCCACCCUCCACCCUCCACCUCCACCUCCCCCCCCCCCAGGCUUGUGGUGCUGAGGCCGUAUGACUGCCAGGGGAAUCCAGGAUCCAGUAUGGACCAAAAGGAGACAAAGUUCUGAGAAACAGCUUAAUUUCUCUUCAUUGUCAAAUUCAAGGUAGCGUUAUUGAUGUUUUACUCAUGACUGAACAUGUAGCAUUCAGUUUAAACUGCCAAAGAGUAAUGUUUGUUUCAGAUCGAUGUUCAAGCUAGGUGAUGAAUAUCUGUGUUGAUUGAAGGUUAGUAUGAUCAUUAUGAAGUGAGAAACAUGAAUAAAUGAAACAUGGUAUAUACUGUAA